AGAGGGAGCUGCAAAUGGUGUUUACGAAAGUGGUGUCGAACAAUCACAUGAUCAAAACUAGGAUCAUUAUACUAACACAAAGACACAUUCGACUACAUGACUAUAUUGCAGCUCAAGAAAUAUUUGAGAGUGUAAUAAAAAUACAAAGUAUGGGUAUGUUGCUGUUAGAUGGAGGAUAUUAAGAGCUGAAAAUAUUUUAUUUCCUGUUAAUAAAUUAAACUGAUAUGUACAGAUGUUUUUUACUAUAAAUUCCUUUGUACAAAGAAUUGUCUAGCUAAUUAUCAACUUUAUUAAAAAUGGAAAUUAAGAAAAAGCUUUGGCAACUACAAUUACUGUUCAAGAAAAAUUGGAUUUUACAGAAAAGAAAACCCAUUAUCACACUAAUCGAAGUUCUAAUACCUGUUCUAUUAUCUGUCAUUGUAGUAUUAAUACGGGGAAGCGUUCAUAAUAGACCUCAAAAUAAUCCAAAAACCUGGUCCUCUUUUCAUGUAAAGGACUUCCCGCCGCCAAGAUUGGGAUCCAAGUGGUGGUCUUUUAGACCUUGCAGACUUGCCUAUUAUCCAGAUAAACCAUGGGCUAAGGAAAUCGUGAAAAGUUUUAUGAGAGAAAACGAUUUUCAAGUACAAAUUACAGAAAUACAGGCUUUCUCUUCUGUAAAAAAUUUAACUGACGCGAUCUUAGAAAAGUUUAACGAGGAAAAUAAUAUUCACAAUAAUACCGUUCAACGGUUUUUACGUAGUAAAAAGUAUGAAAUGUCAUAUAUUGCCAGAAUGAAUAGUAAAUGUUCCUAUCUUGGUGGAAUAAUUCUAGAGAAACCUAAAAAUUCAUCAAUCAAAGUGACAAUUAAACUAUCUUCAACUCCUAGAAAUGCCAACAUACGUCAUUACGUCAAUCCGUUUAAAGAUAAUUCUAAUUGGCAUACACAGUUUACAUUACCCUUAUUCCAGAUUAUUGGACCACGUGAAGCCAAUAUUUCAACAGGUGGUAUUCCUGGAUAUUGGAGUGAAGGUUUUCUAACUCUCCAAUGGUAUUUGACUAGAGCAAUUCUUAAAUAUUCUUGCAAAAAUGAUAAAGAAUGUCUGAAGAGAUUUGAUAAAUUGAAAAAAGUUGAUCUGAAACUAAAUCGCACUCCUUAUCCUCCGUUUGAUGAUGAUAAUUUUGUUAUUGUUCUUCAGCAGUAUUUCCCUAUGGUCAUCAUGCUAUCAUUUGUUUUUAUUGCAUUAAAUAUAGUUAAAGAUGUUGUUCAAGAAAAAGAAGAAAGACUUAAGGAGGCUAUGAAAAUUAUGGGCCUAAAUGGGUGGAUGCAUUGGAUUGCGUGGUUUGCUAAAUAUCUUCUGUUUAUGUUGGCUAGUGUUGCCUUAAUGACAAUCUUAUUCUGUGUGAAAGCCUCACGACAAGGAAAAGUUGUUGGUUACACCAGCUCCGCGGUCAUGUUUUUCUUUCUUUUAAUGUAUUCCAUUAUGACAAUAUGCUUUGCCUUCUGUGUAAGCGUUUUCUUUUCCAAAUCGAAUCCAGGAGCAGCUGGAGCAGGAAUUAUAUUUGUAAUAACUUAUAUUCCUUACUUUUACAUUCAACAAGUCUAUGAUACUCUAAGUAUGUCGAGCAAACUAGCUGCCUGCCUUCUACCUAACAUAGCAAUGUCUUUGGGUUGUCAAGUUAUAGGAAUGUUUGAAGGAACAGGGAGUGGAGUACAUUGGGAUAAUAUUUUUAGUGGAGUGUCUGUUGACGAUGACUUCAGCCUGCUGCAUACAAUUCUGAUGAUGAUUCUAGAUAGCGUUAUAUGCCUAAUAAUAAUGUGGUACGUGGAAGCUGUCUGGCCUGGGGACUUUGGUGUUCCACAGCCCUUUUACUUUCCAUUUCAAAAAUCCUAUUGGUGUGGAUCACUACCUACAAUUGUGGAAGCUCCCUCAAGAGAUGUGGUUAACGAAACUUUCUAUGAGAGAGAACCUGGCUUAUUAAGAAUAGGAUUACAAGUAAAAAACCUCAAGAAAAUAUUUAAGAAGGGAAAGUCGGAGAAAGUUGCUGUCGAUGGACUCUCGUUAAAUAUGUUUGAGGGACAAAUUACAGCAUUAUUGGGCCAAAAUGGUGCUGGUAAAACUACAACUAUGUCGAUGCUUACAGGAUUUCUACCACCAACUUCUGGAACGGCCAAAGUUAAUGGCUACGACAUUGUUACUCAAAUGCCACAAGUACGAUCUAGUUUAGGUUAUUGUCCUCAACAUAACAUUCUCUUUCCGACUUUGACGGUUGAAGAGCACUUAAGCUUUUUUGCUAGACUAAAAGGCUGUCCUGCAUCACAAACUAAAGCCGAAAUAGAAAAGUACUUGGAUUCAAUAGAUCUAAGAGAUAAAAGGAAAUGUUUGGCAAAAACUCUGAGUGGCGGCCAAAAAAGGAAAUUGAGUAUUUCUAUUGCACUCAUCGCUCAAUCGAAAGUUGUUAUUCUGGAUGAACCAACAGCAGGUAUGGAUGCUACAGCCAGACGUCAAUUGUGGGAUAUACUACUCAACAAUAGACUAAAUAGAACUAUUCUAAUGAGUACACACAUGAUGGAUGAAGCUGAUAUACUAGGAGAUCGUAUAGCAAUUAUUGCUGAGGGAACUUUACAAUGCUGUGGAUCAGGAGUCUUUCUGAAAUCUCGCUAUGGAACAGGCUAUCAUCUCAAUAUUCUUAAAAAUGCUGAUUCAGAUGUAGACGAAAUCACAAAAGUUAUUAUGAAGCAUGUGCCUUCUGCGAGAUUUGAAAUGGAAGCUGCUGCUGGUUUAAGCUAUUUACUUCCAAAGGAAAACUCCAAUAAUUUUCAGAAUCUCUUUUUAGAGUUAGAGUAUGAGAAAGAAAAGCUGUCCAUAUCUGGAUUAGGAGUGUCCGUUACAACAAUGGAGGAAGUUUUUUUUCGUGUCAAACAAAUUACCGAUGAGGAACGUCAGAUAAAAUACGACAAUCUCAGCUUAAAUGAAAGUAAAGAUUCAGAUAUUGACUCUGGUGCUCCAAGUCUGGCCUCCACUGCCGAUAUUACUCUCUCGUCUGGUUUAUUUGAUCGUUCUUACGGAAAUCAAAGUUUACAUAAUAACGUCGGAUGGCGACUCUUUUUUCAGCAGCUUUAUGCCAUGCUUGUAAAGAAAUUCCUACAAACUAGCAGAAAUCUUAUUGUUACCUCUUCACAAAUGAUCUUACCAAUAUUCUUCACUACCUUAGGUUUAGGAAUAGUGAGGAUGAUUCCAUCAGUUUCAUAUUCUCCACCUCUAAAUCUUGAUUUAUCAAAGUACAUGAAAACGGAAAUACCCUUUAUUGACAAUAAUAUAAAUGGCGUAAUGGUAUCCAUUGUUCAAGCGAAGGGUGUUAACACUUUGGCAAAGAAUAUAACCAACUAUAAAGGUAAUAUGUCACAAUUUCUCAUUUAUCAAGGAGAAAGAAGUCUAGCGACAUACAACAGCAAGUAUAUGUUUGCUCUAACUGAUCAAAAGAAGUCCUCUAUUUUGGCAUAUUUUAACAACCAAGCCUUUCACACACCUGCCGUAAUCUUGUCAAUAAUUGCAAAUGGCUUUUUAAAUUUUGUUAAUGGUACCCUUAACCACAUAGACUUUGUUAACUAUCCCUUACCUAGAACUGUUCAACAGAAGCUUAAGGAUGAACAAACCUUGCAGAUAACUGGCUUUAUAAUAGGAUUUGAGGUUGUCUUUGGAAUGUCAUUCUUAGCAGCUUCAUUCUCUCUCUUCCUAAUUCGCGAGAGAGCUACAGGAUCAAAGCACUUACAAUUAGUUUCUGGAGUCCGGAAAACUACAUAUUGGUUGGCAACUUUUAUUUGGGACUAUUUGAUAUUCAUUUUACCCUGUUGCUGCUUGUUCAUAACUUUUGCUUUGUUUAAUAUCCUUGAUUAUACAGAUAAAUUUCAGAAUGUUCUUCUCCUUCUUUUACUCUACGGAUGGGCAAUGCUACCUUCAAUGUAUGUGUGGAGCUUCAUGUUUUCAACACCUUCGACAGGCUACGUCUGGCUAACUUUAUUGAACAUCCUUUCUGGAGAAGUUACAGUUUUGGUUGUUGACAUCAUGUCAAUACCACAAUUAGACGUUCUUCAAACAGCUAGAGUGCUAAAAUGGAUUUUUAUCACUUUUUUCCCCAAUUAUAAUCUAGGACAAGGUAUGCAACAACUUUAUUUAAACUAUGAAACUGAUAGUGUGUGCCAAAAAUACUUCAAAAAAUUUGACAAAAGGUUAGUUUGUUUUGAAUAUCCAACUUCACAAUGCUGCCCUGGCUGUACUUCCUCUUGUUGGAUGAAGAAUUACUUAGCUUGGGAAGAGAAUGGUAUAGGAAAGCAAUUGACUUUUCUGGCUCUUCAAGGAAUUGCCUACUUUACUGUACUAAUGAUUAUGGAAACAGGUCUCUGGAGGAGAUUUAAACCAAUAUUAUUUUGUGAAAGUCGAAGAAAGUCUAUGAUAUAUAAUCAAAUGUCGAUGUCCAGCAGCAUUUCAUCAAAUACAGAGGAUGAAAAUAUUGCUAUCGAAAGAAAUAAAGUGAGAUCUAUUGAUCCUAGUCUCUACGGUGUUGUUCUUAGCGAACUAACUAAAUGCUAUGAUGAUUUACUAGCGGUUGAUUCAAUCAAUCUUGCAAUAGAAGAAUCCGAAUGCUUUGGUUUGUUAGGUGUAAAUGGGGCAGGAAAAACAUCUACAUUCAAAAUGAUCACUGGAGACGAGGGUAUUUCUUCUGGCGACGCAUUUCUUGCAGGAUAUAACUUGAAAACAGAUAUGCAAAAUGCUAGGCGUAUGAUUGGGUAUUGCCCUCAGUUUGAUGCAUUAAUUGAUCAAAUGACCGGAAGAGAGAUGCUCACAAUGAUUGGACGUCUUCGAGGUGUACCUGAAGGGCAGCUAACUAGCGUGGUAAACGAUCAGAUAUCUGCAGUAUUGCUUCAAAAUUUUGCUAAUAAGCGUUGCGGAGAAUAUAGUGGAGGAAAUAAGAGAAAACUCUCAACUGGUAUGGCUCUUAUAGGCGAUCCUCCCGUGAUAUUACUUGAUGAGCCAACAGCAGGUAUGGAUCCGGUAGCGAGAAGGUCUCUUUGGAAUACUUUAAACAGAAUUCGAACAAGUGGAAGGAGCCUUAUACUGACGUCGCAUAGCAUGGAUGAGUGCGAGGCAUUAUGUACCAGAUUGGCAAUUAUGGUAAAUGGACAAUUCCGAUGUCUCGGAAGUACGCAGGAGUUAAAGUGCAAAUUCGGUCAGGGAUUUACUGUUAUAAUGAAGCUGUCUCCUCCAUCACAAGCAAAUCAUACGUCUUGUCCAAUUCGGGCAGUUAUAGAUUUUAUUGACAAAACUUGGCCUGGAUCAACACUUAUAGAUAGUCAUGAGGAUAUGGUUCAUUAUAAUAUUCCAGCAACAGUUGCAAAAUGGUCUCAAUUGUUUGGUAUUAUUGAAAGGGAACGACUUCGACUAAGAAUCGAAGAUUAUAUUGUUAGCCAAACAACUCUAGAACAGGUGUUUCUAAACUUAACAAAAUAUCAGAGAUCUCAAGAGGAGGGAAAAGGAGUAAAAAAGAGAAUGAAUUGUUUCUCAUGGUGUAAUUGUUGUGUAUGUUAUGGCCAACUCGAGGUACACGAUGAUGGGCAAGAGACAAAUUUAUUAUAG